UGUUUACGGGGAGAGAGCGAGAGACAGACGAGUGGUUGCAUGCUAUGGAGGAGAUACAGGAGGAGGCGGAGGAGAUUUCUACUCCAACACCCCAAAAUCUGGAGGAUGUCGUUGUCCCGAUUUCCCCGGAACCACAGAAGUCGGCUACGGAUACGGAGACAACAGAGGCCGCGAAGAGUCUCCCUGCUGCAGAGCCGCCGACGCCGACGCCGACUCAGGAAGGAGCGGCAGACGAGGCGACCGCGGGAGAGAAGCCCCAACGGACGACCGAAGAGCCGCCAGCAUUAGAAGGAGCGGACAAGGAGCCUGCGCUGGAGGAGCAACCGGAGCGCGCAACCUCGAGCGAAGGUCUGGGGGGAGCCGAAGUCCCGAAGGAUGGGAAGGAGGACAAGAGGAGCCCCUCGGAGAUUCCUUCUCUGGAGAAACUGGAACAAGAGGGCGGGGAGCCAGAGGCUCCCUCCAGGUUAUCGCUCCUACGCGGCUUGCCCACCAGCGCCACCUUCGAGGAGGGCGAACCGGCGGAGCCGUCUCCGUUGCAGGUGGGCGUGGAACUGGGCCACAGGAUCAGCCGCAGCCUCUGGGAGCUGGAGCAGAGGCAAGCAAGCAGCCGCUCCUUAGUUGUGGGUGGCAGCCCGGAGAGCGAGGAAGGCGCGCUGGAAGGAGAGACGGAGGAGCAGAAGGAGCGGCGCGCGGCCGAGGAACAGCGGCGGCGAACCGAACUCAUGGAACAGUACCGGCAGCUGCUGACCGAGCGAGGCCGCCUCCGCAAUUACAACACGAAGCUGCAGGGCAAACUGGCCGAGUUCUUGAACAAAGCCAAGGGCAAGGAUCGCGUCCGAGAACUAGAGCACCACAUCUUGGACUGGGAGCAGCGCUACAGCCGCUACCUGGCCAUGUUAGAGAAGUUGCGUAGCCAGCAGGCGGAGGAGACGGCUUGGUACCAGAAGGAGAUCGAUGCUCUCCAGCGGUCCUGCGAUCAGAAAUUGACCAAAGUGGAGAGCGAAUGGAAGACCUACCAGGCGGUCAAGAAGGAAGUAGCUGUAUAUACUAUGGGGAGGCGGCUAGGGGGUAAACAAGCUGCCAUCAAGGAAGUGGACAAGAUUCAAGCUAAAGAACAAAGCAAGGAAAAGGAGAUGACGGAGGUACGUCUUGAAAAUAUAAAAUUGAAACACAGGAUCCAAAAACUUGAUGCAAGUCUAAAAGCCCAAGAAGAACUGGCAGAAGGUUUACAUUUAAUAGACUUUGAGCAGCUGAAGAUAGAAAACCAGACUUACAAUGAAAAGAUUGAAGAGCGUAAUGAAGAACUUCAGAAACUCCGGAGAAAGGUCACCAAUACAGUACAAGUCCUAUCACAAGUAAAAGAAAAACUGCAAUUUGUGGAAGCGGAGAAUCAAGGCCAGAAGGCUCAGCUAAUGGCAGUGGAAAGUCUAGUAGCGCAAAACAGAGAUAUAUUAACAAGGACAAAGCAGGCUCGUGAUAAAUUGAGAAUAGACAAUCAGAGGCUUCAACAGAAAUGUGGUUUACUUGGAAAUACAUUGUUAUUGAGGGACUUCGAGGAGAAAGUGGAUGCUGCUGAGAUACUAAAAAAGAAAUUGGAAAUACUGAAGCGUCAUCAUGCUGGAUUGUCCCUUACUUGCAAUGGAAUAAAGAUGAAAAUCAAAGGGGCAAAAUCUUUUCUGCCAUUCUAAAUGUCUUCAAUGGUAAACAGAACAAAGUAAUGUAUGAAAAAUCAAAUAAAACAUACUAGUGCCUUUAGAUUAUAUUCCAGCUAGGUGUGGUUCAAGCCUCAAAUCCAAAUAACCAUCAUGAGUGCUUAUAUACGCAGGAUAGAAUAUUAAUAAUAAUAAAUUCAUAAAUACCCUGUUAAUUUAUAAUUGACAGUAAAAGUAUACAAAGCUAAACUCAUAACAGAAUAUUCAAUUUUUAAUGUAAAAAUAGAUUAUAAGCAAAUGUGGGCCAUUAUUAAUAAAUAAGCAUAAUAAAAUUGUAAAGGGGUUAGCCGUUAUUGGAGAAAUUUACCUUUUUAUGUUUUUAAUUAGCCAUAAUAGGUAACCUAUCUUCAUUUUUCCUUGACUCUUUAAUAGUAUCAAAAUUAUUCUAGUAAAUUAAAAAAUUUAUGUAUCAACAUCUUUUGAAACAAUUUUUUAUUUAGUUAUUUGAUUCUUUCCUCAAUAAAGAUGGUUCUCAAACUUUUUUUUUUAAUGCCCUUAUAUGUGUAUGUGUGGGAAGUAGGAAAUAAGAGAUGUACUCAGGAAAUUCUGAUAGGGCAAAGGACUUUGAAGGUUUUGGAACAGAUAUGCUUGUUUCUCUUGGAGAAAAUUCUGAAGAGCCUAGGUUUUUUCCCACUACACGAGGAAAGUAUACAUUUAAACAAUGCAAUAACAUUUGCCAGCUUGUCUGCUUUGAGUUUUAAGUAAUUCAGUGCUUUGUAACUGGAUUUGGUUCUGUAUUUCCUAUUGGUUUUAAGAUAAAUUAUGUGCAUGUUUUUAAAUAAAGCUGUAACUUUUUGCAGUUUUUCCCAUCAGAUUUACUAUGUAGUUUUUAACCAACCCAUUUUUUUCUCAAUCUUUCAACAUAAUUAGAAAUGAAAAACCUUAUAGGAUUGGUGUCAAUAUUUGGAGUGUGGUUAAUGAACUACAAAUCCAAAACAUGAAAGGCUUUACUUAUCUAUAUUUCUAUGUGAGAUGGGCAAAGGAGAGUGGAUGUAUGGCAGCUGCAACAUGUGGCUAAAUGCAAGGGAUAAUAUUUACAGGCCAGAUAUUGAAAUAUUCAAAGCAUAUUGCUCAUACCAUUAGCACUGUUAACAAAACCCAGAAUAUGAUGGUUCCUUCACACUUUUUCUUAAAAAAGAGGGCUUUGUUGCAAAUAUUGGAUUUUUGUGCUCCUAUCCAUUGUUUAGUAUUGACAUAUUUAGUCAGGUUCUUAAUUAUUCCUCGCCUAUUUGCUUGUUUUAUGUGUCACAACCAGUAAUGGGUUUCAAUUUCGGCCUACUGGUUUGCUCAUGGGCGUGCACUUGCAAGCGCGCACAAGACUUCUGUGUAUGUGCAGAAGCUUCUGCACAUGUGCAGAGACGUCCGGACGGGUGGGCAGAACCUCCCACCACUACUGCUAUGGGUUCACCCAAACCAGGGCGAACCGGAAGCAACCCACCACUGGUCACAAUUAUUCAAAUCUCAGAUUUUCUUCCAACUUCUUGCACUUUUUUCCUUUGAUUUCUUCUUCUUCUUUAUAUUAGUUUGUAUUGGUUUUUUGAUUAAAAAAUUUAAUAACAAUUAUAUAUUCAAAAAUGGAUGGCCUCAGAUAGAUGGGGAAAAUAGAGCAGCUACUGUACAUAUAUGAAAAAUUUGUCAUAGACUGUAGAACAUGGGUGUCAAACUUGCCAUGUCACAUUGCCAUCACUUGAUGUAUCGCAAUGUUCUUUCCUUUCACGGAGCUGGAGUGGUGUGGCCAGCAUGUGAAGCAUCCAGCCCAAAGGCUGCCAGUUUUACAUCCCUGCUGUAGAACAACAAAUUUAAGAUGAGGAAGGAAAUUUCAUGUUUUCAGACUAAACUUGAAAAAAAUACUCUUAUUCUCCCAAGUUAUUAAUAAAACAAAGUUUAUGAAAGAACCAAUUAAUUCUUACAAUUGCAGAGGGAGAUAUCUUAAUUUUUGGAGGUAUGAAUAAAGAGAUUGACUGACUGACUGAACAAAUAUUCAAUCAAUAUGUAUGGCUGCCUAUCUCACCAAAUGACUGGGUGGUGAACAAAACUUAAAAACUAAAAACAGUAAUACAAAAUUUAAAAUACAAAGCCAAGAAUAAAUUACCUAAAUUAAUCAAUGUCCUGAAUACACUCAAGGCUUCAAGCUCAGGCAAAAACUAGGUAUUUAAAAACUUACAAAAAGCCAGAGGGAGAAUGAUCCAUAAGGCAGGUCUUCAAGACACUGCCAACCGGCACUCCUUAGCUACCAAGACCAGAAGCAUGCCUAUUCAGUUUGGUGCAGUGAUUAAGGUGCUGGCUUACAAAUCUGGAAACUGUGAAUAUUAGUCUCACUUUAGGCAUGAAAGCAUGCUGGGUGACUUUGGGCCAGCCAUUCUCUCAGUCCAACUCAUCUCGCAGAGUUGUUGUUAUGGGAAAAAUAGGAGGAGGAAGAAGUGCUGUAUUAGGUAUGUUCAUCAUCUUGAGUUAUUUGUAAACAAUAUGGGAUAAAAAUCAGAUGGGCAGAAAAACUGAGAUGAGUUAUUAUUUCUAUUUGGGAUGGAACCAAACAUGCUUUAUUUAUUAUUAAUAAAUAAUGUACUAUUUUAAAUUAAAUUAUUUUGAAUUAUAUAGUUAAAUCCAGAGAACACUGAAGAAUUGCUGAGUAGUAUGUUACUUCCAAGAUGUAUAGUUCAACACAAAUAUGUCUUUAAUCAUUCCAUAAUUUAAGACAAAACUAAAGAGGCAAUUUAAAAAAUUUAAGGUGUGGGAUAUGUCAUUUUGCAAUAUACCAGAAGACUUUUCCAAGUAAUCAUAAUUAAAACUACUAAUAAAAGAGAUUCAGGAAUAUUUUUAGCUAUAAAUUAAAAAAGAUUUUGAUUUGCCCAUAGACAUACAACCUAAUUUCUUUACUGAAUGUAGAUUAUAAACUUUUUAAAGGCAAUACUCAAAGACAAUAAAUGGUUUUUAAAUUGAAAUGAUAUAACUUAAUCAGACUGGACUUGUUCUGAUGAGACAUCAGAGACAAUCUUAUUGAUUAAAUCACACCAACAAAAACGUGGUUAUAAUCUUUGUUUAUACAGAAAACUUAUGACAAUUUAGGAUGGUUUAUGUUUGUAUUAAAAAGAUGUAGCUUUUUUUUAUGGGGAUACAGAUUAUAAAGGACAAAAUGCCAAGUUAAUAGUAAAUGGCUAUUUAACACUAAAUAAACACACACACAUUAUACAAAAGGGAAAAUACAAUAUUGUCCCCUUUUUUUACUGGCAUUAGAACUAUUAGCAAUGAAAAUUUGUCAAGAAAAUAAAACUUCUGAAAUUAUAUGCCGAUGAAAUUAUUCUCACAGUCACUCAACCGAUACUCAAUACUGUUAAUAGCAUAUAUAUUGGCAUAACUGUGACUAACAGUGGAAGAAAAACAAUACCUGCAUCUAGUAAUGGUUUUAAGACCUGAAAAUAAUUAAAUACAAUAAAAUGAUGUAUUUAAAAAUAAUUAUUUAAACAGGUGGAAAAAGGUAAGGGCACUUGUUUCAGGAGAGGAGGAAUAAACUUUCUUGAACUGCAGCCAUCAAAGUUAAUUUUUUACCAGAACUUAACUUUCCAAAUUAUUCCAAUACAUAUUGAAAAUGAGAUUCACUGACUAGCAUAAUGAACAACAUAUGGUCCAAUAAAAAUAAAACAAGGAUUAAAUUUAAUAUUGAAAAAUGAAGUGGAUUGAUGGCUGUAAAGUUUACUAUAAUGCCAGGUGCUUAAUAGAUUACAGAGUGGAUCAUAUAUCCUUAUAGCCCUAAUACAGAAGGGAUGGGAAUUCUAGUAAAUAUAAAUAUUUUUGGACUGAUAGAAUAGAAAUAAACAAUUUAUAUGAGAUCAUGCAAUAGUAAGCAAUGUAUUGAACAUUUGGAAUCAGAAUCUUGAUUGCAGUCAAUGACCCAUCAGUGAAACACUUGAAUACAUAAAAUAGAUAUUAUCCAAAUAGGUAACAUUUGUUAUUCAGCCUGCUAGACAUCUUACAUAUUAUGUAACAUAAUUUGGCAACACUUAAGGAAUAGUCAUUUGAAUCUGAGAACAAGAGGUUUAAAUAGAACUAAUUAAGUGGCCAGGGAAUUAACAGGUCCUGACAAAUGUUGGCCUUAAGUAAACAUUAUAGUAAAGUAUGUCUAAAGGUUUUUUUAGCUCCUUCACCACAUGGGUAGACUGGGUUUAAACUGAACAUUUGGAAAUAUACAGGAAAAGAAUGCCUAAGAACUUUCCCUUCUUGCUUCAUUAUUACUAAACAUUUAUUCUUAUGAAUACACAAAGAAAUUUGUUCUAUGGAAUCAAUUAGUUUAGACUGAAAGACAUUAUUAAUAACACAAAGAUAGAAAUGUUUGAGGUUCUUACUUCACAAGUGUAGUUCAUUGGACUAAUUUUAGUAUCUUCACAUAAAUAGCCCAGAAUCAUAAGAAUUGGAGAAAAAAGGAAGAAAUCUAAGAGACACAAUUGAAUUUUAAAAUCUUUUAAUACAUAAUUUAGAGCAUCUGCUAGGUCAAUUUUUUAAUAAAUUGGUGGUGCAAUAUGAUUUUAAAAAACCAAAAAGACAAAGACCACAUGAUUAUGUGGAUUUUAGAUUUGCCACAAUGGAAUUUCAAUGUAUUACAUUAACACCCAAAACUAAUUAAAGAAUAUUGGUACAAUAUAAUUAAAAUUGAUAAUUUUCUAAAAACUCACUGAAGAUGUAAUGAGCACGUGGAUCAUUUUCUGUAUCUCAUAGCAAUACUGUAGCAAUUACAAUUUU